AUGUCCUUCAGCUCAACGCGAGGGCGUUCGCGAACUCGGUCGCCGCAUAGACCAGGUCGACUACGGUCUCCCUCGGCACGACGCUCUGCAUCUCCCCAGAAAGAGUCGCAGCCCAGAGGUCCUACUCGAAGUCCGUCUCUCGGAAGUCCACUCAAUCGUCGCAACGGCAAUCGCUCAAGAAGUCGGACUCCUUAUUCGUCUCGCAGUAGAUCACUCUCUCGGAGUCGAAGUAGAGACUCUUGUCGGUACAAAGAUAGAAGUCUCACCCGCUCCCCGAGCCCCGAUAGUCCCCCAAGAAGCUCCAAGAUUGUUGUCGAGAAGUUGACAAAAAAUGUCACUGAACACCAUUUGCGUGAAAUAUUCGGGAGCUUUGGCGAGAUACAGAAUCUGGAUUUGCCAAUGAACGAAGCUUUCAUGACCAAUAGAGGCACAGCUUACAUACAUUACAAUGACCCUGCCGAUGCAGAGGCAGCUAUUGCGCACAUGCACGAAGCCCAACUUGAUGGAGCCUUGUUGAACGUGUCAAUUGACAUAGGCGUGCUUCUCGUCCUUCGCCGUAUCUCCGCCGGCCCUCCCCCCAACGGAGGUAUGCUUCCGCCCGACCGGUGGAAAGACAUGAUUUAUACCGGCCACGUUCCUUAUCGCGGUCACGCUCUCCACGUCGCUCUCCAUCAUACUCCUCUCGAUCGGGAUCGGGGUCUCCUCCACCGAGGCGAAGGAGACCUGUACGUGCACAUAGUCCUCGGCGCCGUAGGCGUCGAAGUCCUAGCUACAGUAGCUACGGCUACAGCAGCCGCAGUGAUCGGAGUCGGAGCCCUAGUCGUAAUCUGA